CCGUCCGUCACUCCGAAGCACCACAGCCCGUCGUCGAGUUCGCAUCGACAGCUUCAUCAAUCUCCCCUCCGCUCAACUCUCGGCUCCAUGAUGCUCUCAAGGGCUGCCCGUCCGGCCCUGCGCGCCGGCGCCGCGGCUGUUGCCCGGCCUGCCACCGUCAAUGUCGCCGCUAGCGCCAACUACGCUACCCUGCGCGAAAUCGAGGGCCGUCUCAAGUCGAUUCGCAACAUCGAGAAGAUCACCAAGACCAUGAAAAUCGUCGCCUCGACCAAGCUCACCCGCGCGCAAAAGGCCAUGGAGUCCUCCCGUGUCUACGGUGAGACGUCCAACACCGUCUAUGACAAGGCCGAGACCAAGCCCAUCGAGGCUGAGGGCAAGAAGACCCUGCUCGUCAUCUGCAGCUCCGACAAGGGCCUCUGCGGUGGUAUCCACUCCGGCAUGUCUAGGUACACCAGGAGGAUCCUCGCUCAGCAGCCCAACUGCGAGCUCGUCAUCCUUGGCGAGAAGUGCAAGGCCCAGCUGAGCAGGUCCAACGCCAAGCAGAUCAAGUUGAGCUUCGCGGGUGUUGGCAAGGACAUUCCCACUUUCGCGGAUGCCUCGGCCAUUAGCGACCAGAUCCUCCACAUCCCCGAGGAGUACGGCUCUGUCAAGAUCAUUUACAACAAGUUCCUCAACGCCCAGAGCUACGAGCCCGUCACUGUUGAGGCUUUCUCUGAGGAGGCCAUUACCGCUUCCCCCAACCUUGCUCAGUUCGAAGUCGCUGACGAGUCCAUCGCUAACCUCCGCGAGUACGCCCUGGCCAACUCUCUCUACUGGGCUCUUGCUGAGGGUCACGCUUGCGAGCAGUCCGCUCGCCGCAACGCCAUGGACAACGCUUCCAAGAACGCCGGCGACAUGAUCAACAAGUUCCAGAUUCUCUUCAACCGUACCCGCCAGGCCGUCAUUACGGGCGAAUUGGUCGAGAUUAUUACUGGUGCUGCUGCCUCCGAGCAAUAGAGUGUUAUUUGACAGCAUUUUAUUAUGUCUUUAAUUCCGCAUAUGCCGGAAGCCUUGUCAAAAUGCUCAAUAUCUCGUAUGUAGAAUACAGCCCUGAUUCCUGAUAUCCCGCACAAAUUUUGUGUAUAUGAGGUGACUCUUCGUCGUACGUGGGCGUUCCGCGUUAAGCACUUGUCUUCAAUGGCAGCGUCCUGACUGGGCUGAUUUAAUGAAGACCCUUUGCAAUGCCCGGUCCGUUGCUGCACUUUUUCUUCGAUUGUAGAGUGAGAGGCAGAAUGGAAUGUCUCCAAAUGCAAAGCCUAAUGAGCGGGGCAUUUUAUGGUC